AUGUCUUCGUCGGGAAUAACGUCGUCCGUGGACUACUCCCUGAAGACUCCGAGUUUAGUGAGGCCUGACGAUGCCAACUCGACAUGUGUUUUUACGUCGGCGGCCGGGAAACAAGCAACAUUCUCGUUGGUCGACGCCAAAAGUGAUGGAGGUCAGUUAGCCGGAUUCUGGGAUGAAGACGAGGAUGACGAGGAGGAGAGAGGGGAAGAGGAGGAGGAAGAGGAAGAGGAGGAAGAGGAGGAGGAGGAGGAGGAAGAGGAGGAGGAUGAGGAGGAGGAGAACGAGGAGGUAGAGGUCGACGAGGAGGAGGAGGAAGGUGAAGAUGAUGAUGAUGAGGAGGAGGAGGAGCAAUUAGACGGGAGGGAAGCAAGCGGAGCCGGAGGGGAGCGCAAGCGGAGCGAGAGUGACUUGGAGGUAGACCCAAUUCUGAAGACGUCGAGCGGACUCGUGCAGCCGCGGUUGAGGCCACACUUCCAGGCCCGUCUGGCAAAGACGGCAUCAACACGGCGUCAUCGGGCCUCGGUUCGCAGAUCCAACCGGUCGAGCGCGUCGACGAGGCCGUCGGUCGGCGGAGGCGAUGGUGCCGCCAAGUCGGCCAACGGCAGCCCCAGCCACGACUUCCUCCGGACGGCCGUCUCCGGCGGGCCGGACUCGAGCCUGGGCCUACUAAGGCCCGGCUUUCCGCUGUCUCUCGCUUUUCCCGUCUGUGGCGGCGAGGCCUGCCCUCCCUUCGCGGCACCAUUCCCGCCCGGUCUUCUGCCACAGACGAGCUCCAGUCUCACCUCCACACCGCCGCCGCCGCCGCCGUCGUCGUCAUCAUCGUCUCUGUUCUGCGCGCCACUCUCCACGUCCGGCGCCGCUGGCUGUCCCGUCGACUGCUCCACCUGCUCCUCGUCCGCUCAGGCGUCGGGACUCGAGCCCGGUCCGUUGUGUCUCAAACAGACGCCUCCUCCGGCGCAGCCCUACAGCCCCGGUCCA